AAACCAAAACUCCAAGCUUUUAUACAAACUCAAAAAUGUCUUUGAUUCCAAGCUUCUUUGGUGGUCGCAGGAGCAACAUCUUUGACCCAUUAUCCCUUGACAUAUGGGAUCCAUUUGAGAACUUCACAAUUGCCAAUGUCCCAUCCUCUACUAGUGAAACCUCAGCUUUUGCCAAUGCAAGAAUCGAUUGGAAAGAGACCCCACAAGCACAUAUCUUCAAAGUGGAUGUUCCAGGGAUCAAGAAAGAGGAAGUGAAAGUUGAAGUUGAAGAAGGAAGAGUUUUACAGAUAAGUGGUGAGAGGAGUAAAGAGCAAGAAGAGAAGAAUGAUCAAUGGCACCGUAUAGAGAGGAGUAGUGGUAAGUUUUUGAGGAGAUUUAGGUUGCCUGAGAAUGUUAAAAUGGGGGAAAUUAAGGCUGCAAUGGAGAAUGGAGUGCUCACUGUGACUGUUCCUAAAGUAGAAGAGAAAAAGCCUGAGGUGAAGGCUAUUGAUAUCUCUGGUUAAACAAGAGCAGAUCAAGUCCCUGUCAAUAAUGUCUGUAUCCUGAAGUCUUUUGGUUUGUUGGAAUUAAUGUCUGCUAGUCUAUGUAGUUGUCUGUGGUUAUGAGUCUGUUGGUUUGUUGGAAUUAAGGUCUGCUAGUCUAUGUAAUUGUCUGGUUAUGAGUCUUCUACUUGCAGUUGUAAUCAAGAAAAUGUUGUGAGAGUUUAGUUACUGAAUAAUAAUUUAAUAGUUGUUGUUCCUCUUUUUCA